AUGACUCAACAUUUUUUUACUAGGUGUAACAACUUGAAACUUAUACACCAACUUCUCAAACAUACAGAAUCCUCAGUGUAUAAAAUUAAUUUUAUUUCGAGAAAGAUGAGUAGUUUAAAUAUACAUAAUUAUCGUCAAAAAUCACAAAACUACCGAUUAGAUUCGAUCUACACUGAUAAACAUAGAAAUAUUACUCCUAUUUCUAACAAGAGGAAAUUAUAUACCGGUUUUUCUAAUUCUUCCGAAGUUAUUAAUUGUGAUUCCAUUAUAAAUUUAAGAGAAGAUUACAUUAUUAAUAACGUUUCAACUAAUGAUAAGCUAAUAGCUAUGUCAAAAUCGUUCGGCAAAAACCCGGAAUUUAACUAUAUGAUAUACAACGACGAUAACGUGCUUAAUUGCCUAACGAUAAAGCAAAAAAUCAUGGGUUUUAAAGUUGACUGGAAUAUACAAACAAUUGAAACACUCGCACACUGUAAAUACAAACUGAAGUUGAACGAUGGAAAAAAACUAUCUGGAGAGACAACGGCUAUAAGUAAGAAGUUGGCGAAAAAAGAAGCCGCAAGAAUAAUAUUGUCAAAGUUGCCAACACCUUCAUUUGAGGAAAUGGAGGAAAAUAGUAAGUGGAUUGUAUCAGGGCACAAGAGUAUAAUAAACGCUAUUGAAGAAGUAAUCGAUAGGAGUUUUACAGCGCGAGGUCAUUCGUGCACGAUUGAAUGGAAAAUUGGCGAUUUAUCAUUUUUUGGAUCGGGAGAAGGGAAAACAUUUAAGGAGGCAGAAAUGUACGCAAAUCAGGACUUGUACGUAAAAACAUACGAUUUGAAAAAAAGUCCACCUGAUUCCUCGGAGCCAUUAAGUAAGAAGAGGAAGAUGGAUGUAGUAGUUUUCGAAGAAGAACUGUCAAAAUCAGACGCAAGUCAAAUGAAUACCAUGAGAAACUCACUGUCAUCGAAAAUGAAAGUAAAUCAACAUGAACAAGUGACAGCAUGCCCAGGAGGAUUUCAAUGUACACUAACAUGGACGUGGAAAGACGGAGAAGGAAACAUAAAUAAGAAAGUAGUGUGUAAGAAGGGGUCGAGUAAAUCAUUGGCAAGAGCAAGCGCAAGUAAAGCAAUGCUAGUAGAAGUGGGAGCAAUACAAGACGUGACGUCAGAAGAAAGUAAAAAGGCAAAUGAAAUAAGGAACAAAAUCAACCAUAAUUUGACAAAAGCAGUUGAAAUGGGCUGUGAAUUGUUGGAGAGCUCAAACUGUAGCGUAUGGAGACUGUUUAUAAGUCAAUUGUGGAGUGAAAUGAUAAAGAAGAGAGAUUACGUGUCGGCACAAAGGGUCGUAAAUAAGAUAGCGUCAGUACAAGAAAAGGGAACUAAUUUUAUGCCUACUGACAUAUGGGAAGCCAUGCUUUACGACAUAAUCUUCGUAAUGGAUGAUGAGUUUGCAAGAGGAGCAUUCCAGUACGUAAGGUCAAUAAAGCUGGACAAAUACAACUUCUACUCGGAAAAGGCAAGAGAUUACUACCAAAACAACAGAAGAGGAGUAAUGAUAUUUUGUGAUAUGUGUUUGAGUAUGUGUAAACUUAAAUUUAGUGACCGUAAUGAUAAUUUUAGCAUUUUGUUGUGUAUGGAAGCACAGUCGUGUAUAUUUAACGAGAUUCUGUUGAGAAAGGAAAUGGAACGUCUGUAUCAAAAUCAGAUGUUGGUGAUGAGUGUGUCGAGGAUGGUGUUGCCACUAGUAACGUUGAAAGCACAGAUAACGCCGGAAUAUCUCAAAAACAAUGGAACGAAGGAAGACGAUGUUGUCAUGUUGCUUCCACUUAAUAGGUAUAAUCAGAUUACGAAAAAAUCAUGGGAUAUGGGAUUCCUGUGUAGCGUAACAAAACAUAAGACGGAAGGACUUAAUCUGAGCUUGGGAUUGAAGUAUGUAGCAGACCUUAACAUAAAGAAGAGUGACACGGGUCAGUCGAUAAACAAUGAGCACCUGUUGCUGAGUAAAUCAAGUGGAGACUACGAAAAGAGCAAUGAUUGUGAAGGAGGCAGAGAGGAGUUUGAAAGCGAAGACGUGUUUAGCUGUACAUUGUUCGGAGUAUUCCAUAUACAGUCAAUGGUACCGCACAUAAGAAUGAUGGAAGCACUUUUGUCGCUAACGCACACAGUAUAUCCAAUCAAUUCAAACGCGAGUAAAUAUUUAUUCACGGAUGAAAUGAAAGAAAUAUUGAUGCACUCGAAGGAUAUGAAUGCAAAGGCUCCAACAAACAAGAUGUUGCCAACAACAAUGUCAUUGACGCCGUCUCAGCACAUGGCAUGUUUAUCCGCAAUAACGAACCCAUUGACGCUGAUACAAGGACCACCGGGAACAGGAAAAACACACGUAGCAUGUGCAAUAAUAGACAGUUGGAAUAAAAUGUACCCAGACGUAAGAAUAUUGGCAGUUGCAGACACAAACGUGGCAGCCGAUAAUUUAAUCGAAGGAUUGUCAAAGAGAGGAAUAACAGCUCUAAGAAUAGGAGCAAGUUCAGAAUGGGAUUUGCAAGAAGAAGCGAUUAAAGGACUGUAUCGGUACAAUAACUACCUUCAAAUGAGAAUGGCAGGAAUGCACAAAGAAGCAAACACUCUACGGGUUUUGCUAUUCACAGAAGCAAUAAAGAAGCAUAAGAUAGUUAUAGCGACAUGCGUUGGCUCAGGAAAUGAGAUUUUGUCAUCACACACAUUUCCUUUUGUCAUCGUCGACGAGUGUGCACAGUCGAUAGAGGCGUCAAAUAUGAUACCGAUUGGAAGAGGAUGUAGAUCACUGGUGUUGAUAGGAGAUCAUAAGCAGUUGAGGCCAACAAUAAUAUCAAUGCAAGCAUCAACGUUGGGAUUGAAUAAAUCAUUGCUCGAAAGACUAAUUGAAGAUAAAGUGGCACCAGUACACCUGUUGGAUAUACAAAGGAGGAUGCAUCCAUCAAUAGCAGAGUUUCCAAACAUGCACUUUUACGAUGGCCAAAUAAGAAACCAAGACGUAAACGAUACGAAUAGGCCACCAAUUCUAGGAUUUAAGUGGCCAGUGUGUGGAAACAAUUUGGUGUUCGUGGACGUAAGCACCGGUUCUCCAAACACGCAAUUUGAAACGUCACAUGGAACGUCGAAGUUCAAUACAAUGGAAUUGACAUGUGUUUUGGCACUGGUGAAUUCAUUUUUGAAAGCAGGAGACGUAAAGGAGAAUCAGAUUGGAAUACUGACGCCAUACGACGCACAGAGAGGAAUGAUAAGGAAAAAUGUUAACUACAUGAAGGAUUAUAAAACACACCUGAUUGAGAUAGACAGCGUGGACGGCUUCCAAGGAAAAGAAAAGGACCUGAUAAUAUUCAGCGCAGUGAGGUCAAACGUAUCGAAGGAUAUCGGAUUCCUGCGAGACCCAAGAAGAAUGAACGUGAUGCUAACGAGAGCAAAGAGAGGCCUGAUUAUUCUGGGAGACGAACGACCCAGUAAAUUGGCGGCCUUUUGUAAACUGGAUAUACUCAAAGUGAGAAUGAGAGAAGUGAUGCAGCUGAACGUACAUGUGUCGCAGCUGAACAACUAUAUGCUGUACCCUGAUGAAAAUUUACCAAAAUCGCAUGAAGACAUUACGAAGUUGGACGCUAGACUGUUGAAAAGUGAUUCCACGGGAAAAAGGAAGAAUCCAUUUGAAAUUUAA